AAGACGUCGAUAUUUUUGGUGACGUUGUGCGCGAACGAAACGGGCCGAAGAAUAUUUUGACGAGAGGAUUUAUGUUCUAUUGGUGAUUUGAAGAUGGAUUUAUCAGGAGGUGGUCAGAGGAGAAUGGCUCGUUUGCUCGGGUUGGAGAAGUCAGUGUGAGGAGGCUUCAGACAGGCUCGCACGGCCAGACACGACAACAUGGCAGAGAUCGAAAAGUCCCUUUCAACCAGACAGCGUUUGUCCUCCAACACACCUGCUGAUGAGCUGGCGGUGAUUGAAAAUGGAGACAGCAGAGCUCACUCUCUUUGUGAGGACGUCUCUGAGAGAACAACAUCCUCAGUGUCCCACAGAGGCUCGUUUACAGGUGCUGCAACAAUGGGCAGGCUCUCUUACUUCUUCUUCAUGCUGCGAAACUGGGCCUCUCACAGAAUGCACCCAGAGACAGAGAGGCACGACUCCUUCCUGGAUCGCUUCAGAGGCCCUGAGCUCAAAGAAGUCGCCAGUCGAGAGAGCAACGCCCAGUCUGUGGGUCAAAACGACGUGGUCCGUAAGAAAAAUCUCGCCAGUAAGUGGCCGCUGGCUACUUACAACAUGAAUAACUGCAACAACACAGACGACAAAAAAGAGGACAAGAAAGAGGAGAUUAAAAAAGAUGAGAAGAAAGACGAGAAGGAUGAGAAGAAGGACGAGAAGGAUGAGAAGAAGGAUGACAAGAAGGAUGAGAAGAAAGACGAGAAGAAAGAUGAGAAAAAGGAUGAGAAGAAAGAUGAGAAAAAGGAUGAGAAGAAAGAUGAGAAAAAGGAUGAUAAGAAGGAUGAGAAAAAGAAAGAGGAGCCCCCGAAAGAAAUCUGGAUUAUGGAUCCAGCUGCAGACCAGUACUACAAAUGGCUGACUGUCAUCGCAGGGCCAGUAUUUUAUAACCUAAUGAUGAUCGUAACAAGAGCUUGUUUUAAUGAACUCCAAAACUCUUAUACAAAACUCUGGAUUUUCUUGGACUACACCUCAGACUUUGUCUACUUCGCAGACACGUUUGUCCGAGCAAGAACAGGUUACUUGGAACAAGGGCUGCUGGUAAAAGACUCCAAGAAACUGAGAGAUAAAUACAGAACAACAUCUCAGUUCAAGUACGACAUGAUCUCCAUGAUCCCCACUGAUCUGCUGUUCCUGCAAUUCGGAUUCAACAACCCCGAGUUUAGAUUCAACCGUCUCUGCAAACUGCCAAGGCUAUUCGAGUUCUUUGAGCGGACUGAAACCAGAACCAGCUUCCCGAACAUGUUCCGAAUCAGCAAUCUCGUGCUUUACAUCCUGGUUAUUAUCCACUGGAAUGCUUGUAUGUUCUUUGCCAUUUCAAAAACAAUAGGUUUUGGGACUGACACGUGGGUGUAUCCCAACAUCAGCCACCCAGAGCACGGCCGCUUGGCCAGAAAGUACAUCUAUUCCCUCUACUGGUCAACACUGACCCUCACAACCAUUGGAGAAACCCCUGCACCAGUCAGGGAUGUCGAAUUCCUCUUCGUCAUCGCCGACUUCCUCACUGGUGUCCUGAUUUUCGCUAGUAUCGUCGGUAACGUCGGUGCCAUGAUCUCCAACAUGAAUGCAUCUCGUGCUGAGUUCCAGGCAAAGAUCGACUCUAUUAAGCAGUACAUGCAGUUCCGAAAGGUCUCCAAAGACCUGGAGGCCAGGGUCAUCAAGUGGUUUGACUACCUGUGGACUGAGAAGAAGACGUGUGAUGAGAAGGAGGUGUUGAAAAACCUCCCUGACAAGCUCAAGGCUGAGAUCGCCAUCAAUGUCCAUUUGGAUACUCUAAAAAAGGUGCGUAUUUUCCAGGACUGCGAGGCGGGUCUCCUGAUUGAGUUGGUGCUGAAGCUGCAGCCGCAGGUGUUCAGUCCUGGAGAUUACAUCUGUAAGAAAGGGGAUAUUGGCAGGGAGAUGUACAUCAUCAAGGAGGGGAAGCUCGCCGUGGUGGCUGAUGAUGGAGUCACUCAGUUUGUGGUGCUCAGUGAUGGCGCGUACUUUGGGGAAAUUAGUAUCUUGGGAAUCAAGGGCAGUAAGGCAGGCAACAGGAGAACUGCCAACAUUAGAAGUGUGGGUUACUCUGAUCUCUUUGCCCUGUCCAAAGAUGACUUGAUGGAAGCACUAACCGAGUAUCCAGACGCCAAGAAGGCUCUGGAGGAGAAGGGGAAAGCUAUCUUGAUGAAAGACAACCUCAUCGACGAGGCGGUCGCCAAUGCCGGCGCCGAUCCCAAAGACAUGGAGGAAAAGGUCAUCCAUCUGCAGAGCAACCUUGACUUGAUGCAGACAAAGUUUGCCCAGUUGAUGGCACAGUUCACCUCCAGCCAGACAAGGAUAAAGAGUAGGAUCACCGACAUGGAGUCCAAAGUGAAAUCCAUACAGCCACAGGACCUUUCUGAAGUGGUGGCCGACAAAGACAAAAAAGUACAGUGAAGUGAACGACACCUCACGACUUCACAAAAAAAAAGAUGAGAUUUUUCAUUCAUAAUAGAACAGUGACACUUUUGAAAAAGGCCCAUGUUUAUAUCUAUUUAUACAUCAUGUUUGUUCAUCCUAAUGUGUCAAAUUGUGAACAGUGUAUGCAGCAAAUGUAUAUUUUGUGUGCACGCUAUGAUUGAGAGCCAGUUUCAUGUUGUCAUGCUGUUGAGUAUGAAGCACAGUGUAAGCAAACAAAUGGCUUUUCAUAGCCUUAGGGAAGAUAUAUAUUUUUCGGAUCAGUAGCCUAUUGACGUCAUUUCCCCAGAAAAUAUCUUCUAAAGUACAAAGGAAACUCACUCACAAUUUCACAACUUCAAUAUCCGUUUGACCUUGUAUGAGCAAAAUAAACCUACAUGCCAGGUCUGUUUGUGAGUUAUUCUGUGCAGAUGUAAAUCUGCAAUGUUAAUGUUGUUAAUAAAGUUUUUUCGUAUAACAGAUUUGACAGACUGUAGGUAUUUAUACUGCCAAUUUACAGGUUUUCUGCAGCAGCGGGAGCAUUAGGACUUUUGGUUUCCUUGCUGGUUUAUCAUACCUUUAAAGACCCUGACAACUGAAAACUACAAAUCAUGAAAAAAGGAACCUGACUCAUCUAAUAAUUCCACAAACGUCUGUCUGUGUUUUGAACAAAUUAUUCUCAACCCGUUCAUCUUAUCGGCUUAGCGCUUAUUAUCUGUAAUGUUAAUGGCCUUGUUCAGUUUUGAAUUUGGAGUGAAUUGGACACAGGAUACCUUCAAUAUUGAUAAAAAUGUAAUAAAAAAGGGACCAGCUCUCUGCAGUAGUCAGUGGGUUGGAAAAGUGUUUCUUCAGUCCGUGGACUGAGUUGAACAUUUCCUCUACGGCCUCGGAUGAACAGCAGCAGCAGUUGGAAACUGGCGGCCUGCUGGUCAAAAUUGUCAUUUUGAUAAUCUGAUUAAUUGUAAUUCCCCAUAUAAGACUGAUAGACAUUCAUUAGUGUCAACGGUGCUGAUGUCCUUCAUGGCAACAUCACUCAUUGAAUCCUAACCGCGUCUUGAAGGCCGUUUGAGUUGAGAUUCACUGCAGCAUCUGGUGAUACAUUUUUAAUGCAUUUGUCACUAAGAUCGACCCUUUUCACAUUAUGCACAGUCGUGUGAUGCUUUGCUACUACAAAUGUAUUGGCCUCAGCAGCUUUGAGUGAUUUUGACCAUGUUAUUAGUAGAAAGCCUUUCAAUAU